UGGUAGCUGGAUGGGCAGUAAGCGUUGAAUAGAGGAAUUACCAGUGAAAGAGGGUGAUUUAUGAGAAAACUUUAGAUUUAUGAAGUUAUGUUUUUCGGAGACGACGCAGAAUAUCUGUAGCUUGAUAUAUUGGACAUAUCAAUAGAAUUUCAAAUAAGAAGUAAAUAAAACAGCUUCGUUGAAUUAAAUACCGGUAGACGUUUCAGCAUUUCUUAAUUAGCCGGUUCUGGUGAAAUGUUUACUAAACAGGGAACAGAUAGCGAAGCAUAAUACAUGUUAUCGGGUCAUUAAUAUUACAAAGGGGACUCAUUCUAUAGUACCAAAAUGAUUUGCGUGUUGCCAUACUUGCUAUAUAUUUUGUUGAUUAUGCUGCCUGUAAAUGAAAGCGCAUCGACGGAAGACAUUGACGUACUGAUCAUUUUGCCAAAAAACAACUCUUAUCAUUUUUCCAUUUCAAUGGUUGCGCCAGCCAUAGAUUAUGCUCAGAAAAAGAUGAAAUCCGUUAACGGACUCUACUCAGGACUCAAUUUCAAUUUUCAUUAUGAAAAUUCUAAUUGUGGCGAUGAGGCACUCUUUCGUCUGGUGGACAGAUCCUGUCAAAAGAAACCAGACUUGAUUCUUGGCCCCGUCUGUGAAUACGCGGCUGCGCCUGUUGCAAGGAUGGCAUCACACUGGAACAUCCCAGUAAUUUCGGCAGGUGCUUUGGCGUCCGGUUUCAGCUAUAAGAAGGAAUAUUCGCACCUGACCAGAGUUGCCCCUUCUUACCUGAAAAUGGCGGAGACGUUCUCCGCAAUGUUCCAUCGCUUCAAUUGGAAGAAUGCGUUUUUAAUAUAUGAAGAUGACAUGGAUCAACGGAACUGUUACUUCACCCUAGAAGGUGUUCACAACAUUCUCAAAACGGAGAAUGUCCACAUAGAUGCUUUAAACAUCCACUCUAAAGAUAACAAGGUGGAUUCAGACGAAAUCAUCAAACUUAUCUACGACAGUGAAGUUAUUAUAAUGUGUGCGGGGGCUGACAUCAUCCGUGACAUCAUGCUGGCAGCCCACCGCCGUAGACUGACCAACGGCAGUUACAUCUUCUUCAACAUUGAGUUGUUCAACUCCUCAUCCUAUGGGAAUGGAUCAUGGAAGAGGGGGGACAAAUUUGACAUGGAUGCCAAGCAGGCAUAUGCCACACUCAACACCGUGACGCUUCUGAGGACUGUCAAGCCAGAGUUCGAGGACUUUUCAAUGGAGGUGAAGAAGUCCCUCCACAAAGCAGGAAUUCAACAUUGUGACAGUGACAAUAUCAAUGUUUUUGUUGAGGGGUUCCAUGAUGCUCUGCUCCUGUAUGCGAUGGCCAUUGUGGAAGUUAAGCAGAAUGGCUCCAACAAGACAGAUGGAGCCCAAAUUACACAGCACAUGUGGAACAGAACCUUUGAAGGCAUUGCCGGCCCAGUGUCCAUAGAUGCCAACGGCGAUAGAUAUGGGGAUUUUUCUGUGAUGGCUAUGGUAGACCAUGAGACAGGCACCUAUGAGGAUGUGAUUAACUACUUCGGCAUUAAUGGGAGUUUUCAGAUGCUGCCAAGAUUCAACAAUGACCGGUUCACUUUGAGAGCAAGACACCAAAUGUCAAUGCCAGACUACUCCACCAAAUCAUGUGGUCUCGGGGUGUCUGCUGUCACUGGUAUUACAUUUGGAGCUCUCCUGGGGGCUGCAUUACUAAUGGCAUUCUAUUUCUUCAGGAAGAACUAUAGAAUAACGAUUGAGAGACGGACUUCACGUGACAUUGGGAAGCACCGGCAGCUGAGGGAGGACUCCAUCCAAUCAAGCUUCUCCACAGCCUAGUAUGCAUAAAAUGGUCGUCAGUGUUUCUGUUCCCUUGGAGACAUGUCAUGGGGUUGUGACCAAAGCAUGUUGACUAACUCAAAUUAUUUAAAAUGUAAUUCUGAAAAUAUUUUCCCCCUUCUUGAACUCAGGAAAGUCAUCAAUCACGUGUUGCUAAGUGCAAGGUGGUUUGCCCCUCAGCACGAAUGGAGGUUGCUACCUUAUUUGUAGUAAUGGGAGAGGGAGGCGUCAAGGCCUCCAUGAUAUGCAGGGCUUCUAUAUUAUGUGCCAUCAGUCUCUGUACCUAAUAUUUGUGAGUUGGUGGUACACAUGGCAGGUUCAUCUAUUCUACAAAGCGUAUGGUAUUCUUGUUAAGGUGCUGCUCAGCACAUACAGUACAGUAACACAAAUCUUGCCUUUAAAAUUAGGGAUUUCAAACCUAUAUCCAGAAUGACUGCAGUGUCUGAUUUUGGGGCGUGCUUCAUUAAGUCACUGAUGGGCUAAAAUGUUCCCAAUGCUUCAUUUGGCUGCCGACUGGAAGAAAACCACAAAAACGUGUAAUACACUCCAGCCUUCUAUUUUAUUUUGAGAUCUCAGCUUUAUUUGAUAAUAAAAUAUUGGAAACAUGCAUAAUUAUUUUUAAAAAGGUGAGAGAAUACAAGACUACUUUGCAUCGAUCAUCUUCAAAAAUUGUGCAAUCCCUAGAAAGGAUGGGCAAACUCUGUCAGCCAUCUCACACUGUACAUAAGGAAAUGUAUCACUUCGGCUGAUUAGUGUUUGAUAUAAUAAUGCAUUUUUAUACUAGAAAUAAACUUCUUGUGAAUCUGUAUUAUUCCACAGCAACUAAACACUG